UGAAUUAUAGAUAGAUUGUAGCCUUAUUUUAUGACUGACGAGAGCCCUUCAGGAAAGCUCAAACGUUUGCAAAGCUAAAGCAGUGAUGGGUUUUCUUACUCCACUAAAUUUUUGGCUUCCUUUUCUCCUUCUUCCCCUGUUGCUACUCUUCAAAAAAAAGACUCAAGUUAAGAAAGAACUCAAGCGUCUUCCACCGAGUCCUCCCAAGCUUCCAAUUUUAGGCAACUUGCACCAACUUGGUGCACUGCCACACAGCUCUCUGUGCCAGCUUUCUCGGAAAUACGGUCCAGUCUUGCUCCUUCAGUUUGGUCGUAUACCGGUCGUUAUCGUUUCAUCGCCUGAGGCAGCAAGUGAAGUUUUAAAAGUUAACGAUCUUGCUUGUUGCAGUAGGCCUCCGACAGCAGGUGCUGGGAAGCUUUCAUACAACUAUUUAGACGUAGCAUUUUCCCCAUAUGGCGAGUAUUGGAGAGAAAUGCGGAAAAUAUGUGUUCUUGAGAUCUUUAGCGUGAGAAGGGUGAAGUCUUUCCGGUUUGUCAGAGAAGAAGAAGUUGCUUCCUUGAUGAAUUCGGUCUCUCAAUCGUCAUCCUCCGCUACUCCAGUGAAUGUUACAGAGAAGGUAUUUUCUUUAACCGGAAGUAUAACGUUUAGAACAGCUUUUGGCAAGUCUUUCCAGGGAAGUGACUUUAAUCGAACUAAAUUCUACGAAUUGGUUCACGAUGCUGAGAUUGUGGCCGGAAGGUUCUCUGCAGAUGAAUACUUCCCAGGCGUUGGUUGGAUUUGGGACAGGAUAAAUGGUCAUAAGCAAAGAGUUGAGAGAGUUUUCCAUGAGUUGGAUACGUUAUUUCAACAGGUAAUUGAUGAUCACCUUAAACCUGGGAGGACAAAGCUGCAGGAAGACAUUGUCGACGUGAUGCUCGGAAUAGAGAAGGAGCAAAUUGAAGAUGGCCAUGCUUGGCUCACCAAAAAUCAUAUUAAGGCAGUUCUCUUGAACAUGUUUUUGGGCGGAGUGGACACUAGCGCACUUACUGUGAACUGGGCAAUGGCAGAGCUGUCUAGAAAGCCAAGAUUGAUGAAGAAAGCACAAGAUGAAGUUCGAAGCAUUGUUGGAAAGAAAGGAAGAGUAACAGAAACCGAUCUUGAUCAGCUUCAGUACCUCAAGAUGGUCGUAAAAGAAACUCUGAGAUUGCACCCUCCUGCCCCAUUGCUGAUUGCCAGAGAAACCAUGUCACACUUCAAAAUCAAUGAUUACAACAUUUAUCCUAAAACACUUAUCCAAAUCAAUGCUUGGGCCAUUGGAAGGGAUCCAAAGUACUGGGAAAACCCAGAAGAAUUCUCCCCAGAAAGGUUUAUUGAUAGCACCGUUGAUUUUAAAGGGCAACAUUUUGAGUUCUUGCCAUUUGGAGCUGGUAGAAGAGGCUGCCCUGGGCUGUACAUGGGAACGGUUACAUCAGAGAUUUUACUCGCAAAUCUGUUGUAUUGUUUUGAUUGGAAAUUGCCUGAUGGGAUGAAGGAGGCAGAUAUUAACAUGGAAGAGUUGGCUGGACAUUGCCUUACCCUCUCGAAAAAGACACCUCUUCUCCUCGUGCCAAAACAAUACUUUCAUGAUCAGACAUCUGAAUAGAUUAAUGUGAGCUAAAAGUGGAUUUCGUGAUAUCUGUUCAAUAUGAAGGUAUAUAUGCCAGACAGGCUAAUAAAAUCAAAGUAGGUGACCCAGGCUUGCCGGGCUGUGGCUGUAGAAGUCCUGGUCACGAUGGAAAAAUAAAAGUAUCGGUGACAAGUGAUGUAGAUCUGUUUUUGCAGCAGAUUGGAAGAAUAAAAGAGAUUGCAGAUUUCAUUAGUCUCUGAUCAUUAAGGCCUGUGGUAUAGGUUGAGGUUUAUUGAUAGCUCAAUAAGUGAUUGUAAAUUGUAAUGCAUAUGUGUGAGAUGCAAUUAUCCUGUAAUAACAAUUUGAAAUUACUUAUGCUAGGAUAUAUUUAGAUAUUUCGACAAACAAA